GAGACGAAUCGGCACAGAGAGUGAUCAAUCUUUUCGGAGAAUUGGUUACGGUGGUGGCUGGGCAAAAUGCCAAAGGUGUUAGUGAAGCAGAUGUUGUUACAAAACCUCAAAUAGCAAAAACAAUUUUAACCGACGAUGGUAUGGCCGAAGCGCUAGAAAACAAAUUAAUUAUUAGUAUUUUAGCUGGAGUAUCGAUAUGUCAAUUAAAAGAAUGGGUCCCCACUUCAACCAAGAUCAUACGUGCUAUGCCGAAUACUCCUUGCAUGAUUCAAGAAGGUAUGACAGUAGUAAGCUGUCCCACCAAUGUUAACGUUGAUGACAGAGCUUUUGCAAUGUGGGUAUUUUCUGCAUUGGGUAGGGUGAGAGUUUUGGAUGAAAAGUACUUGGAUACCGUUACAGGACUAUCAGGGAGUGGACCAGC